AUGACCAACGCCCGCUACAACGUUCGGCAGCUCAAGGUCAUCAGGGAGUUUGAUUGCCCGUGGAAUAUCGAGCUCGUCGACGCCAUUGCUCUAUCCAACCAUGAGGGUAUUGCAGAACUGCAUCCUCGGUGGCCCGAGAUCGGGGAUAAGAUAUCGCGUAUACACGAUGGAAAAGACGAGGUGCCGAACGAGACGUUUAUGAAAAGUCUGAGCACUGCGGAUUACUUGCUCGUGAAGACUGAUGAGAAAGAUCAGGUCACGCAUGUUAUACCGUAUACAACGAGAGAUAUUGAAGAAGUUCCAGGAGAUGAUGCGGAGGAGGUUCGGAUGAUGGAAAACAAGGGGUGGACAUCGCAUAUAGAGAUCAUGUCGAAGGGAUGUCGUGAUGAGAUCUGGGCCACAUACGAAUGCGCAGGAGGGGGUCUUGCUGAGCCAGCUGUAACGCGGAUUGAUCUGAGCAACGCCCGGUUGGGUAUGACGUAG